UCUUGCAAUAGAAUUUUCUGUAUAAUUUGAAAGGUUAAUAACUUCAAAAGAACAUUCUCUUAGGUGGGACAGUCAUCAUCAUAUUUCCAGCUGCUGUGUAUAUACCUUCUCUUAGAAGUGAAAAAGGAGAAAGCCAUUCUGCUGUGUGGAAGUGCUUUGUGUAUUUUAUAACAUCCAAAUAAAAUGUUCAGUGGUUGGAGGAGGAUCUGCUCUAUUUAGGGCAAAUAGGUUCUCUGUUAGCCCCGAAGAAGCCUGAGGAUGUGAUUUUCAAGGGUCUUUGUGCUGUGGAAGAAAAUGGAAUCAUUAUUUUGAACUCUUGCUGCUCACGUCAGUGACUCCCACCUGCAACUGAUCCGCUGAUUAUAAGUAGCCAUGAAUCGCCUUGCAGAUUGCAGGCAAUGUAACCAACCAGGGCCAGGCAAAACCGAACUCCUGGUAAGCUUUAUUAGCUCUUUCUGUUGAGUUUCAUUUCCAUUUUACACCUUGGGGUGGGAGACAAUCUCUACUAGCACUGGUGUGAUGUGUCUGUCUCCGACCUGUGUGGAAGGUGUACAUUUUUUUUUUCCUUCUCUUCGAGUCUGCUGUCUUACCACUUAAAGUAAAUUAAGAUGGGUUGUUGUUUGCUUUGGGUUCUGCUGUUGUUAUUAUUAAGAAAUACACUUUCUCUGGGACAAGUGCUUUUUUUCAGUUGAAAAGGCAUACUCACUUUAUAGGCUGUAUUCAUAAUUGCUCUGUUUGUCACUGUAUAACCUCAUUCUCAGAGACUCCUUUAAGCUAAUCAGCUGGCUCUGGGGGGACCUCAUUAGCAAAUGAAGAGGAAAAAAAAGACUGCAAAGUUCAGAUGAAUCGAUAUACUACUUCUUCUUCCUCCUUUCCCUCUAAAAAUGUUUCCUCUUUCUCUUCUCUACUUGUGCCCUCCCUGCUCCUCCCUUCUCUUUUUCUUUUCUCCAGUCACUCCCUCUCUGGUCGUCGACAUUCCUUGGUCCUUCCUUUCACUCAGCUUCCCUCCACCAUGCCCAAAGCAUUCCUGCUGCUGGCUGGUGCCCUGGUGCUACCUGGGCUUGUGCAAGGAGCCAUGCUGAGAAAUGAAGAAAAAUGGAAGCCCCUCAACAUUCCUAGAAACCGAGAUCUGUUUUUUAGGACUCUUCAGGCAUAUUUUAAAGGAAGAGGUCUUGAUCUUGGGAGGUUUUCAGAUACUUUCUCCAUGAAUGAGAAUCCCAGGCCUCUCUCCUUGCAGUCAGAACUUAUUGCUUCUGCAUUUGCAGAUUAUGAAGACCAGAAAAACUCCCUCUCCAAUUACCUCAAAGGCUGACUGUUUCCUCUGAGUGCAGAAGUCUGGUGGUUUUAAAACUACAGAUGAAGCUUCUCACUAGAAAAAUUCAGUCUUGAUCAUGGCUAAGUUUUUGUGUGUGUUUUUCCCCCCCCACUUUUAUCAGUCUGUAAUGAUUUUAUUCUGUAUUUCCAGAUUUACAUGUAAAUAGUUUGAGCUUUGGGACAUAUGUGACUUAUGUGCAUGGUUUUUUUCCUACUCAAUAAUCAUAGAUGUCAAUAUAGCACUGCAUAUAUUUGCAAGGAUUACAAAAACACCAUAAAGUCAAAGGAAAUUAUGAUCUUAUAAAUUAGUUUCAUUUCAGCUGUGUUCUAUGUUUCUUUUUUAUCAUUGGUGUUUUUAUUUGAAAGGGACAUUGAUCAUCUUUACUUUAGUUCAUUAUCUGUAACAGAAAUUUGGGUUUAAAAUGUAUCUUUUUCCUAAACAGAAUAUAGAUUCCCAUUGUCAGCAUAUGCUAUUAAAAGACCCCAUAGUCUUAGUUUCAUAUCAAGAGAGAGUAAGUAGUGAAUAUCCACAAAUAAGUUGAAAUGGAAGACAAAGAAACAUGGGAUUUUAGGAGUUACUUGGGCCUCUGGGAGAUGUUCUCUGCCAUGAUGUUCAGAGGUGGACAUUGUGCUACAGCAGAUAUCUUGGUUUAGUCGCUAAGUCAUGUCCGA